AGCCACCCGAGCCCGAGCGCGCCGGCGUGCAGGCCAGGACAUGCCGCCGCCCUCCGCCCAUGCCCGCUGGCGCGGCGGGCGGGGCGGCAGGCCUGGCGCGACUGAGGCAGGAACAGGCAGCCGUGGCCGCGGCCCUGAGGCGGGAGCGCGCGGUGCUCGUCGAGGAGCGACAGCGAUUGCAGCGGGCGGCGCAGGUGAUGUCCCAGGAGCGCGAGUCGAUCCGCCGCACAGCGAGCCAGGAGGUGGAGCGGGCGGAGGCGCGGCUGGCGGCGGAGCUGCAGAAGAUCCAGGACUACAAGGCCAAGACCAAGGCCGAGGAGCAGAGCUACGCCGCCGCGCUGCGGCAGCAGGCGGAGCUCCUGGCGCAGGAGCGGCAGCGGCUGCGCGCGGAGGCGGAGGGCCUGGAGGCGGAGCGCAGGAAGGCCGCCGCGCCCGGCGGCCGCGGCGCCGAGGCCGCGGAGGCGUCGCGCCGCGAGCGCGCCGCGCUGCAGCGCCUCCGCGAGGAGCUGGAGGCGCAGGCGGAGGCGCUCGGCGGCGAGCGCGAGGCGCUGGCGCGGGAGGCGCAGCGGCUGCGGGCCGCCGCGGGGCCCGCCGGGGGAGGCGCGGAGGCCGCCGCCGUGCAGCGUGAGCGGGCGGCGCUGGAGCGGGAGCGCGCGGGGCUGCAGCGGCAGGCGGACGCGCUGGAGCGGGAGCGCGCGGGGCUGCAGCAGCAGGCGGAGGCGCUGGAGGCGCGGCGCCUGCAGCUCGAGCGGCAGGGGGAGGCGGCCGAGGCGGCCGCGCUGGAGCGGGCGGGCGCGGCGGGCGGCCCGGCCGAGCUGCGGGCCGAGCUGCGGGGCGCGCAGGAGCGCCUGAGCCGCCAGGCCGCGGAGUUCCAGAACUACAAGAGCCGCGCGGAGGCCCAGGAGAAGCAGCGGGCCCAGCAGGCCCUGGCCAAGGUCGCCCGGCCGCUGCUCGAGGUCCUGGACGACUUCCGCCGGGCGGGGGCCAGCGCGCCGAAGGAGGGGAAGGCCCUCCUGGCGCCCCUCCGCCGCCGCCUCGUCUCCGCGCUCGAGUCCGAGCUGAAGAUUCGGCCGAUGCCGUCCGUCGUUGGCGAGCAGUUCAACCCCGAGCUGCACGAGGCCGUCUCGGUCGCCAGCGGCCCGCUGCCCCCCGACACCAUCCUGCAGGAGCUGGAGGAGGGCUUCGUGAGCACGGAGGGCGAGGUCGGCCAGGUGGUGAGGCCGGCCAAGGUCGUCGUGUCCACGGGUCCAGAGGCCGCGAGUCGGUCCACGGUGCACUUCGACAUCGUUCGCCGAGCGCCCCGGCAGUGCCGUGGCGCGGAGCGACACGCCCCGAGAGGUUUCGAGAAGGAGAAGGGCAGCCGCUCCGGCAGCGCGGACCGGGACCGGGACCGGGACCGGGACAGAGGGGACCGCGACAAGGGCCGGGACCGCGACCGGGACCGCGACCGCGACCGCGACCGGGACCGCGACCGGGACAGGGGCCGCGACAGAGACCGCCGCGACAAGUCGCGGAGCCGCUCCAGGAGCGACCAGAGGGAGAAGUCGCCGACCUAUUCAACAGAGGAUCUGUGGCACCGCCUCGAUCACCUGGGAUCGUGGAGGGGCCUCGGCAAGAAGGAGAAGACCCGCCCAACGUUGACGGGUGCGGAGAAGGACGACCUCCGCAGGCUCGAGCGGAAGAUGGACAAGCGGCUCACCGCAGGGUACCGGACAUCCUGCAUUAGGACAUCGCUGACCAUAUUGGAGCGCGGGUACGAAGUCCCUAAGGAGCUCCUGGAGCGGAUGCUGGCGCAGUGCGUGCAGCGCCCCGGGGUGCACCAGAUCUGCAUGACGCUGAAGCUCAUCUCCAUUCUGCCCAAUGCCUCGGUCGGGAUGGAAGCUUUCCUUCGGGGGCUCGGCGUGCUGGUGCAGCGCAGCGCGCCCGUGCAGCUGGUGCGGAUGUGGCUCAACCUCGGCAUGCCGCGCGGGUCGCGGGCGCUCCAGCAGUUGCCCUACGACUACGACGAGGAGGAGAAGCAGCUCGCCGGCGAGGACCUCGAUGACGCCUUGGGCGUAAUCACGGACGACGAAGAGGACGAGAAGGGGGCCCAGCGAAGCGCUUGCUUCAUCACCGGUUGCAAGGGCCGGCCAGAGCUGAAUGGCCGCUACGUUCGUGCAGAUGACAUAUCUUCUCACGGCAGGAAGGUCUACGAGAAGGUUGUCAUAAAGAAGGUCGUCGACAAGGGAAAGGCAAAAGGCAAAGGUGGAGGCAACGACCUUAAAAGACUGCUGAUGCCGCACAUGAUGCAGGAACAAGAACCAGACGAGCAGGAGGAGAUACUCGUGAUCCACUACCGACGGGACCCCAACCAGCUCCGCAACGGCUGGUGGAUCAGCCGGCAAGACUGCAACGGGCCGUGUCUGGCAUGGAACGCCCGUGAGACGAAAGGUCCGCCGACCGGCGGCUGGUUCGUCCUGCGAGACAGGAACAAGAUCCCCGACCCGCUGCGCGUGGUGGACCCGGGCAAGGCCGCCGAGGUGACUAACAACUCGCGGAAGCGGGAGGCGCAGGCGGCACUCGACAAGUUGAACAUUAACAACCUCAAGGCGCGCCUGGCCACGCACGACAACUCGGUGCCGGCCGCGGAGUACUUUGGGCACUUCUGCAUGCUGAUGCACUUGGAGCACAUGGAGGAGCUCAGGCAAAUUCGCCGACGCACCCAGCGCCUGCCCGACGGGGAGCUGCAGCGCCUCGGGUGGACACUCGACGGCUUGCCUUGCACCGGUGUGUUCGGCCGGCGGGAGCCCAAGAAGGUGACCAUGAUCGGCUGGGAGGACCCCGGCAGCGAGAUGGGGGCCUUGGCGCUGCCGCCAAGCGUGCAGUUCGACCGCCUGAAGUUCAAGCGAGGCGACUCCGUGACGAUCUCCGAGUCGAGGCAACAGAUCCGCAGAGGCGAGCAGCUGGAGAAGAUCGGCGAGGUGCUGCAGAUCAAGGCCGCGUGCGAGGGCAUCACGUCCGCGGAGUCGCUCAAGCUGAAGUCGGAGAGGCUCGGCUUCGACCGCUGGAUCGCGGAGGCCAUCGAGCGCCCGAGCAGCGUCGGCCAGUCGCCCCCCCGCCGCUCGCCCUGCCCCGUGGCCGCGCGGCCCCUGGCCUCCGCCGGCGCCACCUGCCCGCCGCUCUUCUCCCUGCUCGGCGGCAGCCCCCCGAAGCAGCAGCGCUCCGCCGACGCCGCCGGCACGGGCGACGGGUCGCCCGCCAAGCGCGCCAGGGUGGGCGCCGGCGAGGCCAGCCCCCGGCCCUGCUCCAGUGCGGGCCCGCGCGAGCACGGCUCGCCGGAGAGGGCGGAGCAGGGCAGCGCGCGCGCCAAGGGCUGCCCCGCGGUGUCCCACGGCCUGUCCGUGGUCGCCUCGCCCUGCCGUUCCGCCGCCAGGAGGCCGGGGCACUCGCCUCCGUCGGCGCACCUGCCUCCCGGAGGUGCGGCCGCGGGGAGGGCGGACGCGGCAGCGCCCGCAAGCUCCGCAGCGGCAUCGGCUCCAGCCCCGUCGCAGGUGCUGCAAGCCAGCGCCCGUGCCAGAGACUCGGGCAUGGCGCCAGCGGCCUUCGCGCAGCCGUCCUGCAUGGGCGACGCAAGCCCCCCGGUGACGCCGAGGGUUGUGAUUCCCUCCACUGGGUGGCAGGCAUCGGCGCUAUUUGCGCCGCCCAGCCGCUCGCCAUCCCCCGAGGAGAAGGGGAGGUCGCAGGCGCCGCUGGCCGCCUCCUCCAGCGCCGCGGCCCUGCAUGCGCCAGCGCCCCCGGCCAGGGCCCCCGUGCAGGCGCAGGAGCUGCAGGCGGGCGACGGCCUCACCGCCACGCCUCAGCAGAAGGGCACGCCGGGCUCCGUGUCACAGCGGAUCCGGAUGUUCGAGGCCCAGAGCCAGCCCUCCUGGGGGAAUCCCCUCCUCGGCUCCGCCCCCCGCCUCGGCUCCGCCAGAGCCGGCAGCUGCAGCAAGGCAGCCGCCCCCGCGGCUGGACGGGCGCAGGGAGGCACCCCGGCGGGCGUCAGCGCCAGCAGCCUGUUCGAGCCCAUACAGAGGCCCGAUGCCCGGCCCUGCCCACAGGGCGAGCCAGAGGUGCGCCCGCAGCAGCUCUUCCGGUCGCAGUCGGCAGACCUCUUUGGCCGGCGGCCGAUCGGCGCCGAGAGCAGCCGCGAGCCUGCGGACGAGGUUGACGGCGCGGCCGCGCCCUCGGCCGCCGGGGGCCCGGCGGGGGCCGCCGAGGCGGGCGCCGAGGCCGCGGCGCGUCCGGGCGCGGCCGGCGGGCCGACGGGCGGAGCGGGUGCAGGCGGGGCCCUGCGCCAGGUGGCCGCCCGCGGCGGGGGCGGCGACGGCCGCCCGGGCGGGGGCGCCCUGGGGCGGCCGGACGUCGCCAAGCCGAAGUCGCUGAAGGCCGCGGAGCAGGCCAUGACGACGGUUGCCCAGCUCCAAGGGGGCCUUUUCGGCGAGGGGGUGCUCUCUGCGCGCUGCCCCUGGCGGGCGUGCCGCGUCUGCGGCCUCAUCGGAGGUCCCCCUGUCAACCCUGGGAUGGAGAUGGCCGCAGGCCAGAUCACCUGGGGUUGA